CGGCUCCUGCACUGGGCAUGCGCGAAUCAGACCGGACGCCAAGCGCGCACAGGCGCAGAAGCCGGACAGGGUGCCGGGUCGCGUCCCUUUUUCCGGUCUUCAUCCACCUUCUCCCCGGACUCUGGUCACGGCCGCCCGUGACCGUCUCUCCAACCCCAGUGGGCGGGUGGCAGGACCAUGGAGAGCGCUAACAGCACCAGCCAGGGCGCGCCUGAGGAAUCCGGUCCCGUGGAGGGGCGAGCCGGGAGCACCCCUCCACAGGGGGAACAGGGCCAGCUCCUUUAUCAUGAGGAGACCAUCGACCUCGGUGGAGACGAGUUUGGGUCUGAAGAGAACGAGACUGUAUCAGAAGAUUCUAGUAAUUUUGUAGAUAAGCUGAAUGAGCACAUGAUGGAGAGCGUCCUCAUCUCUGACUCUCCCAACAACAGCGAGGAUGACGCAGGUGAGCUGGGCUGUCUGCAGGGUGUCGUGGAGCCCACUGACAGUCACACUGACCCCGCACCGGAAAGUCUGCUGGAGGAAGGAGCAGUCGACACCCUGAGUGACAACACUGGGAGUGACGCAGACGCCGGAGACUGUGCAUCCAAAGGCGGUUCUGACGCAACCCCCGACCCAGAGCUGGAAGAAGUGAAGGAUGCGCCCGCCGUGGAAGAGGAGGGUGCCGAGGACCCGGGUCCGGAGGGGGCGGGGCACAGCCCGCCGUCCAGGCAGUCCCCCCGUAAGGAGGAGCCCGUGCCCGUGUGCACCAUCUUCAGCCAGGCGCUCCCUGCCGGCUCCCAGCCGCCCCUGCUGCCGCGGGACGGCUUCCAGUCCCAGAUGGUGAAGUCUCCGAGCUGCAGCGGCGCGGUGGCCAAGACCCCUCCCCAGGCGGUCCAGCCAAGCCCCAGCCUCAGUAAAUUUUUCGGCGACCCCAGCAGCACGAACUCCUUGGCCUCGGACUUCUUCGAUUCCUUCACCACCUCCACUUUCAUCUCCGUCAGUAACCCCAACGCGGGCUCUUCCGUUCCAGAACAACGGUCCUCGCUCUGCACUCCGGGGGGAGACAGGUCCCCGGGCUCGGCUGAGCCUUCCCACUCCCCGGGGAUUGAAAAGUCGGAGUCGGGUGUUUCCCCGGCUUCCCUGGAAAUUCCUCAGUCUCCAAAACCGUUUUCCCAGAUUCAGGCCGUGUUUGCUGGGAGCGAAGACCCGUUUGCCACCGCCCUGAGCAUGAGCGAGAUGGACCGCAGGAGCGACGCCUGGCUUCCUGGGGAGGGGACCCGGGACAUCCUGAUUUCGGUGGCCGCCCAGCAGUACAGCACGGUGCCCGUGGACAAGGAGAGGCUCACCAUGCCCGGCCUCAAGUUCGACAACAUCCAGGGCGAUGCAGUUAAAGACCUGAUGCUUCGCUUCCUGGGCGAGAGAGCGGCGGCCAAGAGGCAGGUCCUGAGCGCCGAGUCCGUGGAGCAGACCUUCGCCGGGCUGAGGCAGCUCAUCAGCUGCAAGAACUGGAGGGCGGCGGUGGACCUGUGCGGGCGCCUCCUCACCGCCCACGGCCAAGGCUACGGCAAGAGUGGGCUGCCCACCAGCCACACGGCGGACUCGCUGCAGCUUUGGUUUGUGAGGCUGGCCCUCCUGGUGAAGCUGGGCCUCUUCCAGAAUGCCGAAAUGGAGUUUGAGCCCUUUGGAGACCUGAAUCAGCCGGAUCUCUACUACGAGUACUACCCUCAGGUGUACCCUGGGCGGAGGGGCUCCAUGGUGCCCUUCUCGAUGCGGAUCCUGCACGCCGAGCUUCAGCAGUACCUGGGGAACCCGCAGGAGUCCCUGGACAGGCUGCACCGCGUGAGGGCCGUCUGCAGCAAGAUCCUGGCGAACCUGGAGCAGGGCCUGGCCGAGGACGGAAGCGAGAGCUGCGUCACGCCCGAGAACAGACGAGCCUCCAUCCGGCUGUGGAGGUCCCGCCUGGGCCGGGUGACGUGCUCCAUGGCUAACUGCCUGCUGCUGAUGAAGGAUUACGUGCUGGCUGUGGAUGCUUAUCACUCGGUCAUCCAGUAUCACCCGGAGCAGGAGCCGCAGCUCCUGAGCGGCAUCGGCCGCAUCUUCCUACAGAUUGGAGACAUAAAAACAGCUGAGAAGUAUUUUCAAGACGUGGAGAAAGUGACGCAGAAACUGGACGGACCACAAGGGAAAACCAUGGUCCUGAUGAACAGAGCCUUCCUCCACCUCGGUCAGAACAACUUUGAAGAGGCCCACAGGUUCUUUACGGAAGUCCUACGGAUUGAGCCGACGAACGCAGUGACUCAAGGACUCCCUCCGGCAGCUGGAGGCCAUGGUGCAGCGGGACCCCACGCACUACCUGCACGAGAGCGUGCUUUUCAACCUGACCACCAUGUACGAGCUGGAGUCGUCACGCAGCGCGCAGAAGAAGCAGGCCCUGCUCGAGGCCGUGGCCAGCAAGGAAGGGGACAGCUUCAACACGCAGUGCCUCAAGCUGGCCUAGGACGCCCUCCUCCUGGGGCCUCGGGGCCUCUGUGCAGCGGACGCCCCUGUCCCCAGGGCCCGGGGCCACGACCAGGCCCGGACCCUCAGGCGGUUGGUUAGACUCCAGCCAGCCCGGUGCCCGCGGCUCUGCCACGGUUCACGAACGCAGGGUUGGCGCAGCAGGGGCCCCAUGCCAUGCACGCCCCCCUUUGUUCAUUCCCGGAAGCUGACCUGCUUCACCUCUUUCUUCGGCCUUUCCGCAGAGGAAGGCUGACCAGCCACCCGCCCUGCCCCAAAACCUCGAGUGCCUCCGAGCAUAAAGGCAGAGAAAUACCAAA